AAACUAUGUGCGUUUGUACGUCAUGACGCACGCAGCCGGAAGUGUAGGCGGACGGUGAAGUGAAGAAGUUGAAGCCACGAACCACUUUCUUCUUCUUCUUUCUUUUCUUCUUCUCUUUUGUUUUCUUUCUCCAGUUUUCCCGUGUUUCGGAGCCAAAACGGAGAAUAAGAAGUAGAAGCAUUUCCGGAGGACUCCAGUGCUCGGUCGCCCCUCGCUCUCCACUCUCUGCAGCCAUGAACAGCAUGAACCACAGCAGCAUGGACCACAGCAGCAUGGACCACAGCCACCACAUGCACCACCACCCCACCAUGGCCCCGACCACCAGCGGCGGACACGGAGGAGGACACGGAGGAGGACAUGGAGGAGGAAACGACGGGGGCCACGGGGGCCACAUGAUGGCGAUGACCUUCUACUUUGGCUACAGCAACGUGGAGCUGCUGUUUAGCGGGCUGCUCAUCAACUCACCUGGAGAGAUGGUGGGGGCCUGCAUCGGAGUGUUCCUAUUGGCCGUGCUGUACGAGGGGCUGAAGAUGGGCCGUGAGUCGCUGCUGCGCCGCAGUCAGGUCAACGUCCGAUACAACUCAAUGCCACUGCCGGGGGCAGAUGGGACGGUUCUCAUGGAGACGCACAAGACAGUCGGGCAGCGGAUGCUAAGCCCCGCCCACUUCCUGCAGACGCUGCUGCAUGUGGUCCAGGUGGUCGUCAGCUACUUCCUGAUGCUCGUCUUCAUGACUUACAACGCCUACCUGUGCAUCGCGGUGGCUGCUGGCGCAGGCAUGGGCUACUUCCUGUUCAGCUGGCGGAAGGCGGUGGUGGUCGACAUCACGGAGCACUGCCAUUAGCAUCGGAGCUAACGCUAACCAACACGUUCACUAGCUGUUAGCACUAAACUACAAACGUUACUCUGUAGCCAUGGUAACACCUCAACCUGCACACUAGGGGAUAAUUCUACAUGUUUCUGCCAUAAAGUCUUUGUUG